GAAAAUAACAGUAAUCACUACCUCAGACAACAUGACCCCAUAAGAACCUUAUCAAAGUUGGGUACAUGUGGUAGACAGUAUAAUACACUAGAAAUGAAUAUGGACAUGAGUGAUAAAAGUGAGGAAAACACACAUCUCUCCACAAGUGGCUCCAAAGGAAUUGUAACUAAAAGUCAGAAAAUUAAGAGAGUCCCGGGCACUCGGAGAAUCCGGGCAGCCCCCGGCUGGAGCCAUGUCCCGGAACCUGCGCACUGCUCUCGUUUUCGGUGGCUUCAUCUCCCUGAUCGGCGCCGCCUUCUACCCAUCUACUUCCGGUCCUUAAUGCGGCUGGAGCAGUACAAGAAGAACAAACCAUUAAUCGAGCUGGUAUUGUUCAAGAAGACGUGCAGCCACCAGGGUUGA